AUGUCUCCUACAGCCCCACUGGUCUCGGUGCAGCCCAAAACUUCAAUGCAAAGGAAAAGUCUGGAUUGGUUUCACAGGCCUUUUAAAAAGCGGACUUAA